AUGUCAAAAAUUCCACGGAGUUUUCGCUUACUAGAAGAAUUAGAGAAGGGUGAGAAGGGUCUAGGACCCGAGUCCUGUAGCUAUGGAUUAGCUGAUAGCGACGACAUUACCAUGACGGUGUGGAAUGGCACUAUCUUGGGGCCUCCUCAUAGUAACCACGAAAAUAGAAUCUAUUCAGUGGUGGUUGAAUGCGGUGAGGAUUAUCCUGAAUGCCCACCUAGUGUGAGAUUUAUUUCUAAAAUAAACCUUCCAUUCGUAGAUCAAGUUACUGGGCAGGUUAGUGCUAGUGAGUUUCACACGUUAAGAGAUUGGAAGCGUUCAUACACUAUGGAAACCCUGCUUCUGGAUUUGCGCAGAGAAAUGGCCACACCUGCGAACAAGAAACUACCACAGCCUGCAGAAGGAAGUACUUUUUGA